ACCGCCCCGCAUAAAGUCAAGUCUUAUCAAGAGAGAUCCUAUUUGAACAAUUUCUUUUUAGUCUAUUCAGGUUGCAACCUUGGAUUAAACACUUUGAAUGUCAGAAGUCGUAAGCCUACAGUUAGAGAUAUGCUUCAUUCCAGCAGACUCUAAAUCCACAGCUCAAUUUACGUUACAGCCGCGCAUGCACCUUCUUUGGACGACCUCGAGAUCUCUGCGAACUCCAGCAUGGUGACAGUAAGGAAGCUGAGCUGGACCAAUUUCGGCGAAAAUUGUCAUUCUUCAGUAGCAGCGGCAUUGACAGAGAGGGAAGCUGAGAGAGAGGACGAAACCACCUCCAUAAGUCUGCCGGCCGCCACCUCAUCAAGCUCCCACCUGAAACCCGGUACUCCUUUUUCACGUUGGCUCCACCUCUGCGGUGCGCCGAAAUGUGUGCCAUCAGACCCAGGAGCUCUGCAUCCAGGUUCUUCGGGCAUCGAGUCCACGACCAAAUCCGCCAAUACAGCAUUGACGUUAGCCCGUUUGAUGCCUUGCAACAAUCGUAGUCAGUUGCAGGCGAUAACAGCUUCUUUUCAAAACGCCAAGAAAAGCCUGGCGGGUUGAGUUGACAUAAAGCUGUGUGGAUGCGGCUCCUGGACUUGCAUGCAACCGCCUUCGAUCUUUUCCCGUCCCGAGAAUUAGUCCGGCAAUUGAGAUUUUUCUUGAUGUAUAUAGUCUCUAGGACAUGUUAAGAAGCUGAUGGAUUGACGCGCAUAGUCCACGGGCAAUUGCCCUACAACUUCACCACACCUCAGAUACACCUUCCACCCUCUAGCUAGUCAACACCACCAGUGAGCUCUCAUCCAUGUGUCGUUCCCGAUCUUAUGUCACUCACACUCCUAAGAAGUUGUUGUCAACUUGCGAAGUUGAUAGUUAUCCCACUCAGCCUCUGGAUCUCGAGGGAUCCCAGCGACCAAAGCAACUCCUUACUCGCCGUCGCAAGUAAAUGAAGUUCGAUUGUUGGCCCCCUUUUCGGCAAUACUCCUUGAUCAAUUCAACAAUUCUAGCUCGGCACAGUGUCACAGACUUGAACCCU